AUGCGGGCGCCACUCUGCUUGCUGCUGCUCGUCGCCCACGCAGUGGACAUGCUUGCCCUGCACCGAAGGAAGAAGCAAGUAGGCCCUGGCCUGGGGGGCAACUGCACAGGCUGUAUCAGCUGCUCAGAGGAGAAUGGCUGCUCCAUGUGCCAGCAGAGACUCUUCCUGUUCAUCCGCCGGGAAGGUAUCCGUCAGUAUGGCAAGUGUGUGCACGACUGUCCCCUUGGCUUCUUUGGAAUCCGAGGCCAGGAGGUCAACAGGUGCAAAAAAUGUGGGGCCACGUGUGAGAGUUGCUUCAGCCAAGACUUCUGCAUCCGCUGCAAGAGACGGUUUCACCUAUACAAAGGAAAGUGCCUGCCCACCUGCCCACCAGGCACCCUGACCCACCAGAGCACCCAGGAGUGCCAAGAAGAGUGUGAGCCUGGCCCAUGGGGCAGCUGGAGCCCCUGUACACACAAUGGGAAGACCUGUGGCUCAGCCUGGGGUCUGGAGACCCGAGUGCGAGAGGCUGGCCAGGCUGGGCAGGAAGAGGAGGCAAGCUGCCAAGUGCUGACUGAGUCCAGGAAAUGUCCCAUGCAGAGGCCCUGCCCAGGAGAGAGAAGUCCCCGGCAGAAGAGCCAGAAGGGCCGCAAGGACCGGAAGGACCAGCGCCUGCGCAAGGACAGGAAGUUGGAGCCCAGACUGGACAGGCAGCUGCGCCAGCCUGGCCCACUGUGACCUCCUUCCAGCCCCAACGUCUCAUCUCUGCCCUGCUAGCUGUCUCCUGCCCUUCUGAUCCCCUGCCCUAGCCUGCCCUGCCCACACCCUUCCCUCUUCCUGUCUCUCCUGUAUUCCCUUCCUGCUCCUGUUCUUUAGACUCCUCCAUUCUCUGUGUGCCUUUCCUCCCCUCCUGUUUUUCCUGUUCUUCACUACUACCACCUCCCUGCCCCAACAUGCACACUAAGAGAUUCUGAGCCUGUGUCCUAGGUGCAGUUCCCUCUACUCCUCAAAGAAAGUGAACUUUUUUUUGCUAGGCCUUUCUGUAACCCUGCCCUGCCCCCUCCUUUGCAGAGUUGCAGUUUAGGAGGAACAGGCUCUGGUGCAACUUGGCAAGUCCUGGGAGCCCUGCUUCUAGUCAGGGAGACCCCAGAAUCAGAGCGAUGAGCCCUUCUCCCAUAGUCAGUCCUAGAUGCCAUUUCUACAGCACAGCCAUUGCCUCUGCAGUGAGGCCACCAGGAGAAGAGAUUACAGGGUCUCCUGAGGCAGGGCCUGGACACCUUGCCCAGGCUGGUGGUGGAGGAGCCACCUGAGAGGUCCUUUGGCUAGACAGCGGCCCCAGGCCCACUGGCACAUCCUCUUGGAGGCAGCUCGCGUCUUCAAGCACUACCCUU